AUGGUGGCCGAUAGUGCAAGAGCCAUGCCGCGCCGAGGCCUAGUGGCCGGACCAGACUUUGAGUUUUUCUUGCGUCGGUAUUUCACGCCGGCCGAGGUGGCCCAACACAACCGGCCGGAAGACCUUUGGGUAUCUUACCUGGGAUCCGUGUACGAUCUGACACCGUUGGCUCAGGAGUAUAAGGGUAAGGGCCGCGCUCUGGGCCAAGGCCAGGGCGUACGCCCCUCCCCGAACCCCGCUUUAAAGAUCCGCAAGCACAUAGACCCGCUGACCGGCACCCUGAGAUACCGCACCCCCUGGGGCCGCUUUCUGCACGUCCCGCCGCAGCUGCCCCGUUCCGACUGGGCCAAUGAUUUCGGGAAGCCCUGGUGGCAGGGGUCGCGUUAUGAGGUGGGGCGGCUGUCCGCCAAGACCCGGAACAUCCGCAUCAUUAACACGCUCACAUCGCAGGAGCACAUGCUGGAGGUGGGGGCCCUGGAGUCGAUGUGGGAGAUCCUACACCGCUAUCUCCCCUAUAACGCACAUGCUGCCAGCUAUACGUGGAAAUAUGAAGGGAAGAACCUGAACAUGGAUUAUACCCUGGAACAGAACGGGAUCCGGGAUGAGGACGAAGAAUUUGACUGUCUCAGUAUGGACAGUGCACCUUAUACACCCGCGAUACUGCUGUACUUCAACGAUGACCUCACAGAACUCUAG